CGCACAAUCUGUGAAUAAUACACCAAACAAUCGAAAAACCUUAUCUCCAUCUUCUUCUUCCCUAUCUUCGAAUCCUUUUCUCUCAACGAUUUCCCACAAACAAGAUCACAACCCCCUGAUGUUAUUUCACUGUUCAAAUUGAUUCUGUUUAACGUAGCGUUAAUGGCGACCAUUAUCUCCUGUAAGUUCUGUUCGUCUCUUCUUACCUCCAAAUCCUCCAUACCUACCAGCCAUUGUCGCUCCUCGAAGCUCUGGAAUGGCGCUUUCUCCAAACGAUUCGGCUCCAGAUGGUCCUCCUACAAUCCAAUAAAAUGUGAGCUUCAGAAUGCGAAGAAAAGCAGGCCAUUUUGCUUGAAGGAGAUUGCAAUUUCAACGGCUUUGGCAUUUAGUUUAAUCACAGGGGUUCCUGCAUUAGGCUCCUCUGCAGAUGCAUAUGCAGCUACUGGUCCUGUAAUUCCCGACCUGUCCGUGUUGAUAUCCGGUCCGCCGAUAAAGGAUCCUGGAGCUUUGUUGAGAUAUGCUUUGCCUAUUAACAAUAAAGCUAUUAGGGAAGUUCAAAAACCACUUGAAGACAUUUCUGAAAGCCUCAAAAUUUCUGGAGUCAAGGCACUUGAUUCUGUGGAGAGGAAUGUGAGGCAGGCGUCCCGAACGCUCAAGCAGGGGAAGGAUUUGAUUGUAUCGGGGUUGGCAGAAUCGAAGAAGGAACAUGGAGUUGAAGUUCUUGGUAAACUGGAAGUUGGAUUAGAUGAGCUUCAAAAGAUUGUGGAAGAUAGAGAUAGAGAAGCUGUUGCGCCAAAACAAAAGGAGCUUCUUAAUUAUGUUGGCAGUGUUGAAGAAGAUAUGGUCGAUGGCUUCCCGUAUGAAGUGCCUGAGGAAUACAGAAAUAUGCCUCUAUUGAAAGGGAGAGCAGCUGUGGAUAUGAAGGUUAAAGUGAAGGACAAUCCGAAUGUCGACAACUACGUUUUCCAUAUAGUUUUAGAUGGCUAUAACGCUCCCGUAAGCUCUGGGAAUUUUGUCGACUUGGUCGAACGACACUUCUACGAUGGCAUGGAAAUCCAAAGAGCGGAUGGUUUCGUUGUUCAAACUGGUGAUCCAGAAGGUCCUGCAGAGGGUUUCAUCGAUCCUAGUACUGAGAAAACCCGGACCAUUCCAUUAGAAAUCAUGGUUGAUGGGGAGAAAGCACCAUUCUAUGGGGAAACUUUGGAAGAGCUUGGUCUAUACAAGGCUCAAACAAAACUUCCCUUCAAUGCAUUUGGAACUAUGGCCGUGGCUAGAGAGGAAUUUGAUAACAAUUCAGGAUCUAGUCAGGUGUUUUGGCUGCUAAAGGAAAGUGAACUUACUCCUAGUAAUGCUAAUAUAUUGGAUGGUCGAUACGCCGUGUUCGGUUACGUCACCGAAAAUGAGGAUUUUUUGGCGGAUCUUAAGGUUGGUGACGUUAUAGAGUCGAUAAAAGUAGUGUCUGGCCUGGAUAACUUGGUGAAUCCAAGCUACAAGAUUGCUGGUUGAGGAAGUUUGCCAUGUGAAUCAAUUCAUUAAUGAGGCAUUCAGCCUUAUUGGUUAUGAGUUCAUAGAUUCUUUGAUAAACCCUUUUGAGGAACUUUGGAUCGUAGUUUUCAGAAUCGUUCUUUACCAACGAUAUGUAUUUUUCUUGAAGUUGAAAGUUCAAAUCAUUGAGAAAAGAACGAUACUCUAAUCUUGCCUUAUUUUUAUGUA